AUGGCUGCCUGGGGGGCUGGGGGUGCAAGCAAUAUUUUUGGAUCAUUCUUCGGCUGUGCUCCCAUAGCUGUGUCACUCGCUCGGUCACUGAUUCAGGAAGCUGCAGGUUGUAUGACGCAGUUAACUUCACUAAUCUGCUGUUUUGUGUUGGUGUUUGUCUUGCUGUUUCUUGGACCCUUGUUUGAGACUCUCCCUAAUUGUGUUCUGUCUUGUAUCAUCGUGGUGGCUCUUAAGGAGAUGUUUAUGCAAGUGCUUGACUUGAAGAAAGUCUGGGCUAUAUCACGAACUGAUGCACUGAUAUGGAUUGUAUCAUUUCUUAGCGUAGUAAUCAUUGACAUAGAUUACGGCCUCUUGAUUGGCAUCAUAAUAUCGCUUCUGGUUCUUCUUGGCCGUUCCCAAAAACCAAAAACAGCCCGUCUUGGUCGUGUUCCAAACACAGACGAUUAUUUAGACGUCAGUAAACAUUUUAUAGCAGUCGAAAUACCAACAUUGUGUAUAUUCCAGUUUUGUGGGGCAUUACACUUCGCAAACUGUGAAUAUUUCAUUAAAAAACUUUCGGCUGCCCUCAGAAAAGAGUCAUAUGACAAUGUUGCCACCAAACCAUUAUCAGAAAAACAGCUGCAGCUUAAAGCAGAUUUAACCUUCAAUCAAACCAAGAUACAAUAUCUUGUGAUUGAGAUGAACGGUAUGAGUUACACGGACUCCAGUGGUGGUAUUCUUCUGGGUCAGCUGUGCAAGGAAUACAAGGAAGAAGGAAUCACGAUGUGUCUUGCAGCUCCCUCAGAGAAUGUCCUUGAGACCCUGGAAGCAUGUGGUACUCUGGACGUCAUUUCUCCUGAACGCAUUUACCACUCUGUUCAAGAUGCCGUUAAGUCUCUCACCCAACACGACCGACCUGUCGCUGAAGAUCACUCAUAUACUAAACUGUAGGGCAAAAGUGCAGACUUUGUUCCUAUCUUCAUAUAAUGUACACAUCAAGGACUAAUGUAUAUGUCUAGAUCUAAUGUACCUAUGUAGGUCUAAUCUUAUGGACACUAGGCAACCUCUUUCUUCUGGACGUAGUAGGUACUGGAGAAGGGCCCUUCAUCCAUCAAAUUGAACUUCUUCCCUUCAUUGGAUCGAACCUGAUUUCUUCCCAUUUCUCAGGAACUGUAAGAAUCACUGUGAGUUUAAAGAUUCCCCAAAAAUACAGUAUAAUAAUAAU